AUGGAUUCAGAACACGAUGAGUCCAUUGAGGAUACCCAGCAUGAGAUAGCAGAGCUCGAGGCCAAACUGGCCGCCGCGAGGCAACGGCUCCAGCAAAAGGCCAAGAUUGAGACGACCCUCGUUCAUCGACCUUCUGAAAUUCCGCUCAACGCUUUCUCCUCAGCAAAUCAUUACAUUCUCUUGCUCUCCGAUUCAGCCCUGCCACUCGGCUCCUUCGCCUUCAGCAGCGGUCUCGAAUCUUAUCUGGCACAUACGCCACGCAACUCUGCCACCUUCAGCGUCUUCCUGCCCGAGUCAAUCUCCUCUUACGCUUCGACCACACUGCCCUUUGUCCUUGCCGCGUACCGCGACCCCUCUGCGCUGGCCACUCUCGACGACACCCUCGAUGCCGCCAUCAUCUGCACCGUCGGCCGUCGUGCCUCUAUCGCCCAGGGUCGCGCCCUGCUGUCCAUCUGGGAACGCAGCUUCGCCUCCUCGCUGCCGCACCAUGCUGUUGAGGCUCUGAAGCCCUACGCCGCGUUAUUACGAGCCAGCAACUCCGCAUCGUCUUCCUCUUCCUCCGCAAAGACGCCAGCGGGAGCAUGUAAUGACCUGCCACCAGCAGCCCACGCCCAUCUCGCCCCUCUCUUUGGCGCAGUCGCAAGCCUCGUCGGCCUCACGCUGCACCAGACGGCGUACGUCUUCAUGCUCAGCCACGUCAAGGCGCUCGUGUCUGCCGCGGUGCGCGCGAGCAUGUUCGGACCGUACCAGGCACAAAAGGUGCUGGGUAGCGGUGACGUGCCGAGGAUGAUCGCCGCGGCUAUCGAGAGGGAGUGGGCGACACCGGUGGAGGAGGCGGGGCAGACGAUGCCCAUCAUGGACCUGUGGAUCGGGAGGCACGAGCUACUCUAUUCGCGAAUUUUCAACAGCUAG